AUGUUUAUAGGAAAAAAACUAGCCUAUUUCUUUGCCGAGAGACUGUUUGUGUGGCUCUCGGCAAAGGGUAUUUCCAAAAAAUAUCUGCUUUAUCCCCACCCGGCCCCUCGCGCGCCCAACCCUAACCCGUUGCCGCCCGCACACACACGCCCAACCCGCCGCCGCUGGACGCUGUGCACCGCCGCCGCCGACCAGAUCCGCCGGCGGCGGCCCACACCAUCCCCGCCCCUCCCCGGCCCCGUGCGCCACCGCCGCCUCCCCGCACGGCCGCCGUGGCCCUGCACCGCCGCUGCGGCCCCGCACUGGAAUCCACGCCUCCGCCACUGGCUUCGCCUGCAAGGCCCCGUGCGCCGCCGCUGCGGCCCUCGUUCCCAUCCUGCUCGCUUACGAAGCCGUGUAUCGCAUCUUCCCGUGCAGGUACUGCGAUGCCACUGGGUCUGUGGUCAGCGACGCCGCCGGGGUGUCCUUUCCGGCCUUAUGGGAUCUAACUCUUGCCUAGCUGAUCUAUUCUCUCAGUUGCUGGAGACCUUGAUUAAAAACUGUGGUGAUUUUGUUCAUAUGCAAGUUGCUGAGAAGGAUAUACUUCAUGAAAUGCCUGACUAUCACGUCAAAGAGAAGAUACUAAUUCUGAUAGACACUUGGCAAGAAGCUUUUGGUGGUGCCUGUGCAAGAUAUCCCCAGUAUUACGCAACAUAUCAAGAGAUGCUGUAUCCGAAUACAUAACUCGUUAACCUGAGACGUUCUUUCCAUGAAAGACACUUAAAUCCAUUCAUAUCUCAAAGACUAGUACUAUGGAUCUAGCUAGAGCAGUGGGAAAUUGAAUUUUAUUUGUAAAGGAUGUGUUUCCUGAACUACACAAACUAUGAAUGAACAAUCUUGAAAGUUUAUUUUCUGUAACAAAUGUGGUAUGCUUAGAUAGUUUACUUCUACUCUUUGUAUAUUUGGAUGAUGACUAUGACUUAUGUGUUGUGA